CCGCCUCUGCCGCCGCCCCCUCCUUGGAAACCAAGUUACCAACGUUAAACCAAUCCCCGAGCGCAACUCUGCCUCCUCCACACCCCACCCGCCGCGCCGCGCCGCGCCGUCCUCUAGCCCAGCUCUGCGCUCGCGCUCCCCUCGCCUCCUGCGCUUCCCCCGCGGCGGCGAUGCCAGGGCCCUCGCCGGGGCUUCGCCGGGCGCUGCUCGGCCUCUGCGCUGCCCUGGGCCUGGGGCUCCUCGGCCUCUCAGCGGUCGCGCAAGAGCCUUUCUGGGCGGACCUGCAGCCCCGCGUGGCGCUCGUGGAGCGCGGGGGAUCGCUGUGGCUGAAUUGCAGCACCAACUGCCCACGGCCCGAGCGCGGUGGCUUGGAGACCUCUCUGCGCCGGAAUGGGACCCAGAGGGGUUUGCGUUGGCUGGCGCGGCAGCUGGUGGACAUCCGCGAGCCGGAGACUCAGCCCGUCUGCUUCUUCCGCUGCGCGCGACGCACGCUGCAGGCGCGUGGGCUCAUUCGCACUUUUCAGCGGCCGGAUCGCGUGGAGCUGGUGCCGCUGCCUGCCUGGCAGCCUGUGGGCGAGAACUUCACCCUGAGCUGUAGGGUGCCCGGUGCCGGGCCUCGUGGGAGCCUCACAUUGACGCUGCUGCGGGGUGCCCAGGAGCUGAUCCGCCGCAGCUUCGCCGGGGAGCCACCCCGAGCGCGGGGCGCGGUGCUCACGGCCACCGUGCUGGCGCGGAGGGAGGACCAUGGGGCCAAUUUCUCGUGCCGCGCGGAGCUGGACCUGCGGCCGCACGGCCUGGGGCUGUUCGAAAACAGCUCGGCAUCCAGAGAGCUCCGAACCUUCGCCCUGUCUCCGGAACCCCCGCGCCUCGCCGCCCCCCGGCUCUUGGAAGUGGGCUCAGAAAGACCGGUGAGCUGCGCCCUGGAUGGGCUGUUUCCAGCCUCGGAGGCAGAGGUCUACCUGGCGCUGGGGGACCAGAGGUUGAGUCCCGAUGUCACCCUCGAAGGGGACGCGCUCAUGGCCACUGCCACAGCCGUAGCGAGCGCAGAGCAGGAGGGCGCCAGGCAGUUGGUCUGCAGCGUGACCCUGGGGGGCGAGAGCCGCGAGACCCGGGAGAACGUGACUGUCUACAGCUUCCCCGCGCCGCUCCUGACCCUGAGCGAGCCCAGCGCCGCCGAGGGGAACAUGGUGACAGUAACCUGCGCAGCGGGGACCCAAGCCCUGGUUACGCUGGAUGGAGUUCCAGCCGCGGGCCCGGGGCAGCCCGCCCAGCUCCACGUAAACGCCACCGAGGACGACGACGGGCGCAGCUUCUUCUGCGACGCCACCCUCGAGGUGGACGGGGAGACGCUGAGCAAGAACGAGAGCGCAGAGCUGCGCGUCCUGUACGCCCCCCGGCUAGACGACUCGGGCUGUCCCAGGAGCUGGACCUGGCCGGAGGGCCCAGAGCAGACGCUGCGCUGCGAGGCCCGCGGGAACCCCGCGCCCUCGGUGCACUGCGCGCGCCCCGACGGCGGGGCUGUGCUGGCGCUGGGCCUGCUGGGUCCGGUCACUCGCGCGCUGGCCGGCACUUACCACUGCACCGCUGCCAAUGCCCGGGGCGAGGCGGUCCAGGACGUGACGCUGACGGUGGAGUACGCCCCAGCGCUGGACAGCGUGGGCUGCCCGGAACGUAUUACAUGGCUGGAAGGAACCGAGGCCUCACUGAGCUGUGUGGCCCACGGGGUCCCGCCGCCCAACGUGAGCUGUGUGCGCUCCGGGGAGGCCCGAGUCAUCGAGGGCCUGCUGCACGUGGCCCGGGAGCACGCGGGCACGUACCGCUGCGAAGCCACCAAUGCUCGAGGCUCUGCCGCCAAAAAUGUGGCUGUCACGGUGGAAUAUGGACCCAGUUUUGAGGAGCUGGGCUGCCCCAGCAACUGGACGUGGGUGGAAGGAUCUGGGCGGCUAUUUUCGUGUGAGGUGGAUGGGAAGCCAGAGCCAAGAGUGGAGUGCGUCGGCUCAGGAGGCAGCAGCGAGGGGGUGCUGCUGCCGCUAGCACCCCCAGACUCUAGUCCCAGAGCCCCCAGCAUCCCUAGUGACCUCGCACCCGGUAUCUACAUCUGUAACGCCACCAACCGGCACGGCUCCACGGUCAAGACGGUCGCCGUGAGCGCGGAGUCGCCGCCGCAAAUGGAUGAGUCCACCUGCCCGAGUCACCAGACGUGGCUGGAAGGGGCUGCCGCUGCGGCGCUGGCCUGCGCCGCCCGGGGUCGCCCCUCCCCACAGGUGCGCUGCUCCAGGGAGGGCGCGCCCCGGCCUCAGCGGCUGCGCGUGUCCCGAGAGGAUGCGGGCACCUACCGCUGCCUGGCCACCAACGCGCAUGGCACGGACGCCCGGACUGUCACGGUGGGCGUGGAAUACCGGCCGGUGGUGGCCGAGCUGGCCGCCUCGCCUCCGGGGGGCGUGCGGCCAGGCGGGAACUUCACGUUGACCUGCCGCGCCGAGGCCUGGCCCCCCGCCCAGAUCAGCUGGCGCGCGCCCCCGGGAGCGCUCAACUUCGGCCUGUCGAGCAACAACAGCACGCUGAGCGUGGCGGGCGCCCUGGGCAGCCACGGCGGCGAGUACGAGUGCGCAGCCACCAACGCGCACGGGCGCCACACGCGGCGCAUCACUGUGCGCGUGGCAGGUCCGUGGCUGUGGGUCGCCGUGGGCGGCGCGGCGGGGGGCGCGGCGCUGCUGGCCGCGGGGGCCGGCCUGGCCUUCUACGUGCGCUCCACCGCCUGCAAGAAGGGCGAGUACAACGUGCAGGAGGCCGAGAGCUCGGGCGAGGCCGUGUGUCUCAACGGCGCGGGCGGCGGCGCGGGCGGGGGCGCGGGCGCCGAAGGUGGAGCAGAGGCUGCGGGCUGCGCAGAGGCGCCAGCAGAGGGCGAGGUCUUCGCCAUCCAGCUGACGUCAGCGUGAGCCGGCUCCCUCUCCCCGCCGGCCGGGGGACGCCCCCCAGACGCACGCGGGGGCUUCUGUAUUGUUCUAUUUAUUUAUUUAUUCAUGUAUUUAUUUAUUCAAUUCCAGGGGCGUUCCCUCAUUUUCUACCCACCCCUGCUAAUAAAAUUUUUAUAAAGGA